UGAAUUUCCGAAAAAUUUGAAGGCGGUGCCAAUCCAGUGUCAUGUUUUAAUUUAAGCCGUUUCUGAAAGAACCACAGAAAUUUUGUAAUUUAAACGGCUUGAAUUAAAACAUCACUGGCUUGGCACCGCCUUCAAAUUGAUCAGAAGGUAGCACAUAGGUAAGAUGUUAUUUUUUGCUUUUUAGUUUAGGUUAAUUUUUGAGUUGGAAGUCGGUUGAAUUUUUUUUAUUAAAAUUUUUUGUCGAUACUGUCAUUUUGAUUAAUCCAAAAAAUGGUAAUCACUAAAAAGGCAUUAGCUAUUCAAACUUUGUUUAUGCUUUUGGUAAAAGACACAAGUGCUAUGGUGAAAAACUUAGUAGAUAAAGCCAAGAUGUUUGAAGAACACACUUUGGUGACAGAUAGUAAGACCUUUCCAUAUGUGGUCGCGAUAUUAAAGAAAGCCACAUACAUAAGCGCUGGUGCUUUAAUUGAUGAAAGUUGGGUUAUCACGGCGGCUAAUUCCUUAUAUACGAUUAGAGAAUCUUCACGAACACUUCGAGUAAGACUCGGCAGCGUUAAUUACAAGAAAGGGGGUCAUUUGACCCCGAUUAAAUACUUACAAAUUCAUCCCUAUUUUGACGACCAUAAGCCAUUGUUUGACGUGGCACUCGUGAAAUUGUCGGACCCGGUUAGAUUCACGCAGAGUUUGAAUCCCAUAAGACUACAGAAGAGUAGUCGGAAUAUAGUCGCUACACAUUUUAUUGUAACCGCAUGGCCGAUGUAUCAGGCGAAGCAAAAUCUAAGCAAAGGAUAUCAGAACACCAUGGAACAGAUAAAGCGACGUCGAAUUCUUACAGUAUCGCAUUUACACCCGACAGAUCCUGCCAUAUGUUCCGAGGAAAAGGAUAUUUUGAUACCAGAUCAUAAUAAUACAAAGUCUGUCAUGUGUUUGGAUCCUAAUAUUGGGACAGAUUCUUGUCAGAGAGAUAUUGGUGCACCAGUAGUCCUGAAUGGUAUACUAUGGGGUAUCAUUUCUUCUUGGAAACCGGACGACUGUGAUGUAGAAGGCGGACCGACGUUUGUGACUCUUGUGUCCGCUGUUGAGGUCAGCUCAUGGAUACACUCUACAAUCCGCGGUCAUAGAUGGACAACGAAGCACACUGUUGAUUAUGUAGAUAAUUUUAUUUGAAAUACCUAUUAUAUAAAAAAAAAACUUAAAAUUUAUUCCUAAAAAUAUUUUUUUGUAGCUUUUAACUUACUUAGGAUGGGUACGUAGACAGGAUGAUUGAAACUAGGGAUUUAUAAGAGUGAUUGGAAAUGUUGGAAGGGGAAGGCCAAGGCGAACGUUCCCGGAUAAAGGUCAGGUCACGAGUAAGCUAAACAAACGAUUUUUUAUGAAAGU